AAUGCAACGCCAUACACGGAUGAGUUAUUCUAUUUUGAAUAAGUUUACAACAGCAAAAAGGCAUCCUCAUUUAACCUUUUUUUCCUGUACUAAACGUCUAACUGCUAGGUUUAUCAUGGCCAGCAAUGCAAAAUCAAAUUCCGAUGAUGACGAUGAAGCUGCAGGAAAUAAGUCAGAAAAUAAUGAAAUUAAUUGCAGCAAUAAUGGCAAUCAGGAUGGUGGCAUUGGUAAUGGCGAUGAUGAUGAUGAUGAUGGAAAUGAUGAUGGAAAUGGUGAUGGCAAUGGUGGUGGCAAUGGUGGUGGCAAUGGUGAUGAUAAAAACAAUGGAAAAUCCCGUUGGAUUCUUCCUGUUGCCUUUGGAGUAGGCACUGGUGUGGCUGCAAUUGUUGCUGCACCAUUUGCAGUUGCUGCUAUUGGAUUCACAUCUGGUGGUAUAGCCGCUGGUUCUAUGGCUGCAUCAAUGAUGUCAUCUGCUGCACUUGCCAAUGGUGGAGGUGUUGCAGCAGGUUCACUUGUUGCCACAUUAUAAGCUGUUGGUGCCACAGGUGCUGUAGGUGCCUCAGGUGCGGCAGCAGCUGGAGGUAUUGGUGGCACAAUUGGUGCCGGAGUUGGUUGGUUUGCAAACAAAUUUUUU